AUGAAUCGUGGUACGAUUGCCCGUAGUUUACGGAAGAGGUACUGUAGGGAAAGAAAGUCAGAGGAUAGUGGCUUGGGUAAGAAGAGUGUGGUGACCCAGGAUGAAGAAGAGAAUACCAUAAUUGAUAUCCGAGGAGCAAGCAUUGCCACUCUGCCGUACGUGCAGUAUGAAUACUGCAAGUUAAAAUCACUGUCUCCUAAAGAGCCUCAUGAAGAAAACCUCCUACUAGAGUCCAUCGCUUGGCCUCAAACUCCACCAUUAUCAUCACCUCAUUCCCUGAGGAAGACCAGUGAUCCAGCCCACAGCAGCUUCACCAUUAUACCAAAGAGGGAGGGGGGACAGUGGCAUGUAGGAGAUAAGCUGGAGGUUUUGAUUAAAAUUUCUGAUGCCCAGGGCAAUCCAAAGAGUUCUGGGGGAGACGUCUUAUUUACCCGUGUGUAUAACACAGCUCUUGGUGCAGGAGUGGCAGGACAAGUGAAGGAUUAUCUUAAUAGCGCCUACUCUGCUGCAUUCACCUUACUCUGGGAAGGAAGUGUACAUGUUGAGGUAACACUGGUUCACCCCAGUGAGGCAGUCACAGAGCUGCACAGGCUGAACAAAGAACAUCCUGAUAGGAUUUUCUUCAAGAGUCAGUUCCGUUCCGGCUCAGUCACUGAAACUACCACCUGCAAUGUAUGUUUGCGUCCUACCCAGCAGCCUGUGUGCAACUACACUGACCUCCGUACAGGUGAACCAUGGUUCUGCUACAAGCCAAAGGAGCUGAGCUGUGAUGACAGGAUCAACAACUUCAAUGGAGGAUAUCAAGAAAAAAUUAGCACCAUGGAGAAACUUUUUAAGAGUGGUGUGAACAUGAAAGUCUCCAUUCCAGCUUCAGGACCUGCCAGUGUCAUUGUUUUGCCCAAACAGAAAGAUGCAAAUAACACCAGUGUGGAGUCUAGACCCUCUGGCUAUUAUUACCAGGGUGUAUGGAGAGCACUAGGUGGCACUACAGUUCAUCAGUUCAACACUUCCUCAGCCAUCACUCAGUGCCUAAAAGGAAAGGUGGUUUAUAUGUAUGGAGACUCCACUAUCAGGCAGUGGUUUGAACACCUUAUCACAGCAGUACCAGGUCUAAAGGAGAUUAACCUACAUAGUGCAAAACAAUCUGGGCCUUUUGUGGCUCUGGAUUACGAUAAUGACAUCAUGGUGACAUACCGCUGCCACGGUCCUCCUCUCCGAUCCAACAUUGUCCCAACCAUCGAACUGCAUUAUAUUGCCAAUGAGCUGGACAACAUAGUUGGAGGCAGCAACACCGUAGUAGUUAUUGGCAUCUGGGCACACUUCGGCACUUUUCCCAUUGAGUUCUACAUCCGACGGCUUCAGAGCAUCCGCAGGGCAGUGGUGCAGCUGCUGUCCAGGGCUCCAGAAACACUUAUUGUCAUUCGGACCGGAAACCCCAAAGCUCUGACGACCUUCCUUCACGCAUCUACUAACAGUGACUGGUACUCACUGCAGGAGGACAAAGUCCUCAGAGCUGUUUUCAAAGGGAUUAAUGUUCAUCUGGUGGAUGCCUGGGAGAUGGUCCUAGCCCACCACCUCCCACACGAGCUUCACCCACAACCUCCCAUUAUCAAGAAUAUGAUUAAUGUUCUCUUGUCCUAUAUAUGUCCUCAGAAGGGUGACUAG